UCGCACAAGAUGGCGGUGGGGCGGCGGGAGAGCGCGCUCCCCUCGUAGAUGCGGCCGCGGCGGCCCCUGCUCCCGGCGCCCGGCGGGGCUUACAUGGCGCUGGAGGACCUGCUGCUUUGUCUCUGCUUCUCCGCCUUCGCCGUCCUGGCUGUGCAAGGGAGCCUGUUGGAAGGGGAUUCUCUGGAGCUGAGCUGUAGUGCUGGUCCUGCAAAGGUGAUACUGGAGCCAAACCAAGCGGUGGUUUUGGACUGUAACCUGACCCCUGCUGAGCAAGUGAUCAACAUCACAUGGAAGAAGAAUGGGUUUCCAUUAGUGGAGCAGGAACAUCUCCACGUGCUCCCGAAUGGAUCGCUCUUCAUCUCAUCCCAGGCUGUGGCAAAGGACAGUAAAAGUCCUGGUGCUGAGGGGAAUUACUCCUGCGUGUCUCACAGCUCCCUGGGGACUGUCACCAGUCAGACAGCUGCAGUCAGGUUUUCAACAUUGUCACGCUUCUUCCAGCAGCCGGAGUCGCAGACGGUGGAAGAAAAUGGCAUGGCCCGGUUCGAGUGUGGCAUCGAAGGGCUGCCCUCCCCUGUCAUCACGUGGGAGAAGGACCAUGAAGCUGUUCCUGCAGAACCCAGGUUUAUAACUCUUCCCAACGGUGUCCUCCAAAUCGUGGAUGUGCAGGAGAGCGAUGCCGGCGUUUAUCACUGCGUGGCCACCAACGCCGCCCGAAAGCGCUACAGCAACGAGGCCACCCUGAGCGUGGUGAAAGGUUCCCAGCCCGCGGGAGGAGACGUCACCAUCGUGGCCGCUCCGGAGAACACCACGGUGGUGGCCGGGGAGAGCGUGGUGAUGGAGUGCAUGGCGGCUGCUGACCCCACCCCCUUCGUCUCCUGGAUACGGCAGGAUGGAAAGCCCAUUUCCACGGAUGUGAUUGUGCUGGGCAGGACCAAUCUCCUCAUUCCCUCCAGCCAGCCCCAUCACUCUGGGGUGUAUGUCUGCCGGGCCAACAAACCCCAAACCAGGCAGUUCGUUACCGCCGCCGCCGAGCUCCGGGUCCUGGCCACUCCCAGCAUCUCCCAGGCUCCCGAAACCAUCUCCCGCACCCGAGCCAGCACGGCCAGGUUUGUGUGCAAGGCGGAGGGGGAGCCAGCCCCCACCAUCCACUGGCUGAAGAACGGGGAGCCCAUCCUGUCCAACGGGCGCGUGAAGGUGCAGAGCAGCGGCAGCCUGGUCAUCAACCAGAUCGGCCUGGAGGACGCCGGCUACUACCAGUGCGUGGCUGAGAACAGCCUGGGCACGGCCUGUGCCACGGCCAAGCUCUCGGUGAUCGUGAGGGAGGGUUUGCCCAGCGCUCCCAAGAAGGUGUCAGCCGUGUCCCUCUCCAGCACCACAGUCCUCGUGUCCUGGGAGCGCCCGGAGCACAACAGCGAGCAGAUCAUCGGCUUCUCCUUGCACUACCAGCGGGCCGUGGGAACAGAUAACGUGGAGUACCAGUUUGCUGUCAAUAAUGACACCACUGAGCUGCAAGUCAAGGACCUGGAACCCAAUACCAACUACGUGUUCUACGUGGUCGCGUAUUCCCAGCUCGGAGCCAGCCGGACAUCCUCUUCCAUCAUCGUCCAGACCAUGGAGGACGUUCCCAGUGCUGCCCCUCAGCUGUCCCUGUCCAGCAUGACCCCUGGGGACAUCCGUGUGACGUGGCUGCCCCUUCCUCCAGAGCUGAGCAACGGCAAGAUAACCAAGUACAAGAUCGACUACUGCACGCUCAAGGAAGCAGAUCAGGUCACCUCCAUCGAAGUGGGUGGAAAUGAGACCCAGAUCACACUCUACUCGCUCCAUCCCAACAAAGUGUACAAAGUGCGGAUCGCAGCCAGCACCGCUGUGGGAUACGGGGCCCCCUCCGAGUGGACCCAGCACCGGACUCCUGACAGGGACAACCAGACACACGUUCCAUUUGCCCCAACGGAACUAAAAGUCCGAGCAAAGAUGGAGUCUCUCCUGAUAACGUGGCAGCCCCCAGCCAACCAUGCCCAGAUAUCUGGCUACAAGCUCUACUACCGAGAAGUGGGUCCGGAGGAGUCCAGCAAUGAGAGCCCCUUGGAUGGUGCUGAAGAUGAGAGCUGGGACGUGGGACCCAUAAAACUCAAGAAGAAAGUGAAGCAGUACGAGCUGACCCGACUGGCUCCUGGGAAACUCUACGAGGUGAAGCUGGUGGCAUUCAACAAGCACGAGGAUGGUUAUGCAGCUGUUUGGAAGGGCAAAACAGAGAAGGCACCGGCGACAGCAGUAGAUCCCCCUGUGCAGAAGGGUCCUCCUCUGCCUCCAGUCCAAGUGUAUGCAGAGUCCAACAGCUCGACUUCCAUAUGGCUCCGGUGGAAGAAGCCUGACUUCACAACAGUCAAGAUUGUCAACUACACCGUGCGCUUCAGCCCCUGGGGCCUGAAAAACGCCUCCCUCGUGACAUACUACACCAGCUCUGAUGAAGACAUUCUCAUCAGUGGGCUGAAGCCCUACACCAGGUACGAGUUUGCCGUGCAGUCCAACGGUGUGGGCAUCGACGGCCCCUUCGGCAGCGUGGUGGAGCGCUUCACCCUGCCCGACCGCCCCUCCACUCCUCCGUCUGACCUGCGGCUGCACCCGCUCAACCCCUACGCUGUGCAGGUGCACUGGUGCCCACCCGCGGAGCCCAACGGCAUCAUCGUGGAGUACCUCAUCCUCUACAACGCCAACAACACGCAGCCUGAUGACAUGUGGACCUUGCUGACGCGGGAAGGAAAUAUCUUCAGCACUGAAGUGCACGGCCUGGAAAGUGAUACAAGGUACUUCUUCAAGAUGGGAGCAAAGACAGUCGUGGGAUCCGGUCCCUAUUCCAACGUUAAGGACGUGCACACCCUCCGGGAGAAGCUGUCUGAUGUCCUGGAUAUCCACUCUGUCACGGGGAUCAUCGUGGGGGUUUGCCUGGGGCUGCUCUGCAUCCUCUUCUGCAUGUGUGCCAGCUUCCGAAACAGCAAGCACAGGGAGGCCCUGCCAGGCCUGGAUUCCCAGGCUGCUGGCAACCACACGUACUACCACCGGAGCAGGCAGGGGAUGGCUGCUCCCAGUGCCACCCUGGACUCACACGAGCUCGAGUCCCUCAUGUCCCCGCUCCCAGAGGAUGCCCCCAUGCCCCUGGGGGACAUCACAGAGCUGACAGAGGUGCACAGCCUCAUCCACAUGAGCCUGCCCGAGGACAUCCUCCAUGGGAAGAGGAAGUCUUCGUGGAAUAAAUCGGCCGCCCAGCCCUGGACGAACAGCAUUGCCAGAUACGGGGACACCAUCACCAAGGAGCCCCUCUCUGCUGUGAAUGGGUCACUCAAGCUCCCCUCCAGCACAGGGCAGAAGCUCCUGCUACAAGCUCUGGUUUAUGAUGCUGUGAUGAAUGAAACAAAGAAAAGCCACCCACCAGCCAACCUCCACCAAGUGGAAGCAGAGGUCAUUGUCCAUUCUGAUUUUUCAGCUUCUGACAGAGACUACGACUCCCAGCUGCACACCCUGGAGAGUGAAGAGACAGAAAUCGAGGGCCAGGAGCCUGAAGAGCUCCCCUCAGGAGAGCUGGCUCUUCCUGGCUCUCCCAGCUCCCAGCAGGACACGGGCCAAGUGUUGGUGGACUGCACAGGGAAUUUGGAGGCUCAGGCCCAGGCUGACACAAAAACUAACAAACCAGAGGCCGUUUGCAUCCCUGGGCUCACCAACGGCUUCCACAGCCAUGGAGAAAGUCUGGAUUCAGUGGAGAGUGGAGACUCAGACUCCAUCCAGGAUGUGCAGCCAGUCAAGGGCCAGUUGCUUUCCACGGCCCCGGAGGAGGCCCCGCUCUGUAGUAACUCUGCUUUAACCAGUCCAUCCUCAGCAUGUGAGAACAUGGCACGUGUCCUCAGCCACAAAGAGUGACCUGAGCUGGCGCUGAUCAUGGCAGAGCUGUGAGGUGCUGCCUGCCCUCGGCUCACGGAGCCCAGCAGGAGCUGAGCAGGCACAGCCCCUCCCAGGGCAGGGCUCAGACCCCUCAGCUGGGCACACGCCUGCAGGAAACCAGGAGGUACCUUGGGCAGGGCCACCUCCUUCCCGCUGAGGCUGGUGAGUAGCUGGGUGUCGGUGGGAGCAGGAUCGAGCCAUCUGCCGAAGCCCGGCGCAGGGAACCACCACGGAAGGGAGCCCUUCUGCGCUAGACUGGGGCUGUCACUUCUCCGGAGUCCUCCAGGCGACUGGCAAGGCAUCGUGUAAUGCCGGGAAGUGGCAGAGCACACUGAGUGAUCCUCCUCAACUGCUUGGCACUGCCGACUGUGCCGGGAUGGAUCCUGUCCCGAGAGUCCCGGGAGGGGGUGGCAGCCGAAGGAAACAAACGCAGUGAGCUGCAACCACCAGCCUUUUCUGCCCUCCCGUGGUUAGAAGGAUUCCCAGGCUCUCUGUAACUUCUACUAGCAGGCUGGUGUAGUGGCCUUUUAUUACACACUCUACGAGUGCCUCUAACAACUUGUACUAUAUAGAACCUUCUGCAGCGUCUGGGUCAUUUCACCAGCCUGGACUUUGUUUUAUGUAGGUUCUUGUACCUAAUAUUUUAGGUACACAUCUGUCCUUUUAAUGUACAACAUGUAUUUUUAUUUCCUUGGAACAUCUUUAUAUUAUUUAAUUUUAUAAAGUGGAAUAGUGUGUGGUAUAGAGUAGCAUUUUUACUACUUCUCUCUUUCUUUAUUUUUUCCUCCCUAACAACACAACUACCUCAUGUCUGUUGGAGAAAAAAAAAAAAAGCAGUAGAUCUACUCUUUUGUUAUAGUCCAUUAUAGGUUUUAACUUAUUCUUAUACUGCCUUUUUCUAAAGAAUAUGUUUGCACUGGUUGUUGACUCUUUUUUAACACAUAGUGCUGCAGAUCUGAUGUCUCUCUUGCUUUGUUUCUUUGACACCUUCCCUGCAGCCUGAGAGCUGGGUUGUGUCUCUCUGUAGGACUGUUUUUCAGGAGCUGCCAAAGGAGACUGCUCCAGCUGGCGGGAUGUCGAUCCAUCUCUCCUUAACAAGCUUAUACUAACGAAGAGAAAGAAGAACCAACAACUGCAAAAGUAACUUGCUAUCUUGGGGACAUGUAUUUCUUUUUUGUGUGUGCCCAAGAGGAGACAUCUCAGAUGGUUUUGAUUUGCAGAAAGCAGCACUCAGCCUUCUGUAAGCAGUGGACUUGCUGAAGGCUUUGGAUGAACAAGUGAAGUUUUCCAGUCACUUCUGAGAGUCCUGGCCAAAGUGCUUUUGGGUGGAUUUUUUUUUUUUUUGAAGAGCAGAGCACCACCAGAGCUUUACAAUGAAGAUCAAAUCUUUGGUCUCAUACCAGUCAGUCUGGUUUGAAAAUCAUCCAGUGACUCUUCCUGCUGAUGCUGUUUGCUUACUGCUGACACGUCUCUGAGCCUGGCCCUGCUGGGAUUGGACUUUUCUCCACCUUUUCUUUAGCCCUGCUCCAGGCCCGCAGAGUUUGACUGCAGAUGAUACUGACUGGACCAGCUCUGCAGAGAUAACAAGCAUUGGUAACUCUGGUCAUGGGUGUUUGGGAAAUGUUUUGCCUUCCUGGAGGAUUCAGAGAUCUGGCCAUUUGUUUGUUUAAAAAGUGAAGGAAAAUAUGCCCAUCUCCUUCAUUUCUUUUUGAAAUCCCCUAAAGCUGUAUGGGGGAGCCAUGUGCUGACCUGAGAUCCUGUAGAAGACUUCAGAUUUUGGUUUUUGAGGUGAAAUCAGGAUGGAGGUACCACUGCUUGCAGCAAGGAGGACCUCACUCUGCCAGCACCCUGUCCCUGCAUCUGUUGUGAGGAGCUGUGUCACAGGUGUGCCCAUGUGUGGAGCUGAGCUGGACCAUCACACCCUGUUAGCUCCAGCUCUUCAGCAGAAGAGAACCUCCAACCCUCCAUGUAUCCUAUUGGGAAGGAUAUUGGAGCUUCCACCUCUCCCCAGCCUGCAGCCUGUCCUCCCAGCACGACACACUCUUCUGGUGACCGGCUGGAUUUCCAGUCUCUGCGCUCGCUCUGUUUGCUCCAGCUGCUGCUUGGCGUCCUGAGGAGUCUCAGAAAUGCUCUGGAAUGCUGUGGGACAGAGACUGGUGCCAGUGAGCAGGUGAGGCAGGAUGUUAGUGUGUGUGUGCUACCAGAGUGAGGAGCUAGAAAGGCAGAGGAUAAUAAUCCCCAGACCUCACUGCCACAGGACUUUGAAACUCAUGACUUAGCAGGGUUACAGCUAAGGCAGUGCAGUGUUUUUGCAGGCAAUAGGGGCAAUUCACAGCUCUGUGGGAGUGGAGGCAAUUGCAGAGGCACAAACCCUCCAUCUGGGCAGUGUCAGGCACUCGCUGCAGAGGGUGGGGGUUGUUCUGCAGGUGAGCCUCAGUUCCCAGUUAUUUCCAUGGAACAGUCCUUGCCCUUCCCUAGUGACAGAACAGGCCCUGCACAAGCCGUGCUGCCACUGCUGGGGUGCAGAAAGGGAGGAGCACAAUUCUCCAAAAAGCUCACUCCAGGGGAACCACUCUAGGGGAGCCCUUGGUCACUUCUUUUCACCUCCCAAACCAGUUCCUCAAUCAGGACAGAGUACCUGGGGCAGGUCCUGGAGCAGCCCUGAGCUUUCCAUGCAGGGGAUGGAAGGGGACGGAGGCUUAGUCUGCUGGCUGAUACAGAAAUGUGCCAGAGUUUCUGGGGAGCUCCAUUGUACAUGCACCCUCUGCUUUGUCUGUACUGACUUUAGCAAUCCACAGCCAUGAGCUGAGCUGCCUGAACGCUGUCCCUGCCUGUCACUGAAGGCAGACACCAUUCCCCUGGAUCACCUUGGGCCGGCCACCAAACCCCCACAGUAGUUAUGUGCCCCGAGAGCUUUGGGGGAGAUGCAGGAGAGCACAGACAGUUUUGCUUACACAUCCCAAAAAUACUUUGUCUCCUCAUGCUGGAGUUUGUUCUGGUCUCAUUACACCUCACCAAAUUGCACCAGGAUGUGAGACUAGCAGCGUUUGGAUGUCCAAGAACUGUGGUGGCCGUGGGCUCAUACACCAGACCUUAGCUACAGGAAUCCAGGCUGUUCCCCUGGAGCCAGGAGAUCACCCCUGGCCGGCAGCAGCGGAGCUGUCUCUGCACCAACGCUUGUCCACACGCAGUGCUGGGUGUCUGUGUCCAACUCAGCUGUGCCCCAGGUCCCUCCUGCCCGGAACACGUGGGGACCUUUCAGCCCCAGCUAGAAAUGAAUUGAAGAAGACACAUAAUACACAACUUGAUGUGUAAAGCUGAAACAACCAGUGCAUAUAUUUUUUUAUCAUGGAAUAAGUAGCUUUCUUGCAGAUUUCUCACAGGCACACAAACUGUUGAUACCUUUGAUUACCCAUCAUGCUUAAUAUCUGUUCCUGCACACCAGGCUCCUUUCUCCCUUUUCUUCCUUUCAGUAACACUAAAGAUUAUUGCUGUUCAACUUUUUUGCUGGUGUAUAUUGUUUUACAUUGUUAAAAUGUCAGGUUUGUCUCACUGGCAUAAUUUUGUAGUAUUAAUGUUACUGUUUGGCUACACAACUGUAUAUUCCCCAUGCUGCUGUGAGGGUCACAAUUCCCAUCCUUUUGUUUCUUUUCAUUCCUUGUUACAUGAAAACCAUGACUCAGAUAAAAACCUCUAUCAGCUUUUUGUUGAUUUGAUUUCUUACUUAACAGACAGCAAAGUUCUGGUUUAAAUAGUUCAAAUGAGAUAACUUAUAAUUUAGGGUUUGAGAAUCUUUUUACAUUACUAGCUAACAGUCCUGAGAUAAGCCCAUGUGUAAGAAAACAACCAUUUUACUAGAGCACUGUUUUUGGUCUCCUUAGUAAUAGAUGUUUUGAAGGGAUCAUUGUGUCUUUUCUAAUCAAUACUUUUGUUAGAAAAGCAGUGUUUAGUCCAGCAGAAAUCUACCAUCUACUUCUGUUAUUCUAUUCCCUUGCUUGUAUUUUGAAGUUAAAUUUCAUUUAAUUUUCUGCACGGUGCAUAAGGAUGUGUAACCAGGACUUGAUCUCGUUUGAAGGUUGUGUCUGUGUUUGGUUCCAUGCUGUACUUUAUUAUAACUUUCUUUCUUCAGAGGCUGUUCUUACUCCACAAAUACUCUUUAGUGUUAAAGUGUAAGAAGACAUUGUCCUUAUAUUCCUUAACUAAUGGGUUAUUAAUAAAAUGUUUUAAAAAAAAAAA